AGGGAAAAGAGAAAGAGAGAGAGAAAGAGAGGAGGGGAGAGUGAGACAAAGAGAGAGACAGAGUAGAGAAGAGUGCGAGUCCUGCUCUGUGCUGCACAUCUCCAACUCGGUGCUGCUGUAUCCUCUUCUGGACCAGACGAUGAUGCCCUCUGAUCUCCUCAUCCCCGGGUGGCUGCAUCACCUGCUCGUCGUGCUUCUGAAGCUCAGCUUCUCCUUUGCCUCCCCUUUAAAAGUUACCAACGGGACAGAGUGCACGGCUCGAGGCCCCGCCUCUUACAUCCUAGUAUUCACUGGCCAAUGGAGCCCGCAGAUGUUCCCGAAACAGUACCCUUUAUUCCGACCCCCUGCACAGUGGUCCAAGCUUGUAGCUGUCACCCACAAUGAGCGGUACAGGUUGUGGCAGGAAGGAUCAAUGGCAAGCCCCGGUGUACAGAGUUUUGCUGAGCUCGGUGUCACGGUCGAGCUGGUAAAGGGGGCAAAAGAAGCAAGGAAGAGGAGGGUAGCGGGCUCCAUGUACCGCACUGCAGGGAUCCCAUCUGGAGUUGGCCACAGCUCCACUGAACUCGUUCUGCAGCCCAGGAACCCACUGCUCUCCUUGAUGGUGAAAGUGAUUCCCAGCCCUGAUUGGUUUGUAGGGGUGGACAGCCUAAACCUGUGCGAAGCGGGGCAAUGGAAAGAGGAAGUGACUUUCGACCUGCACCCGUUCGAUGCCGGGACGGACAGCGGUUUCACUUUCUCUUCGCCCAAUUUUCCCACGAUGCCCCCUGAGAACAUCACAAUGAUCACGUCUCAGAAGCCGAAUCAUCCUGCAAACUCGUUCUACUACCCACGGCUGCCUGAGCUCCCGCCACUAGCCACAAUCUGGCUGAAGAGACAACCUCGCUCACCCAUCCGUCAACACAACCACGUGUCCAAUCACAUCCUGCCUCAACUCAGCAAAGCCCCACAAUUUACAGAGACGCCGCUGGACUGCGAGGUCUCCAUGUGGUCGUCCUGGGGGCUGUGUUUGGGACCGUGCUCCAGAGGAGGAGUGCGCCAUCGUACCCGCUACAUCCUGUUGAAACCUGCUAACAGCGGCACCCCCUGCCCCGAGCUGGAGGAACAGGCCGAGUGCACGCCACACAACUGCCUGGUGCAGCAGUGAUGCCCAUUUACGUGCUGGCACACACACACACACACACACACACACACACAAUAUGCACAUACACACACACACACACACACACUAAUGCAGCAGUUCAGCCUCGAAGAAUUCAGCUUACAAAGAGAGAGAGAGAGAGAGAGAGAAAAUAGAGUUUCAACAGAUAACCAGAUAAUUUGCAGACAUCAUUAUUACAGAGAGUUGAUUUUUUUUGGAAAAUGUCAAAUGUUAUGGACAGGAUAUUUCCUUUUAUUAUUGUUAUAAUAAUAAUAAUUAUUAUUAUCUAAAUUUUGCAACAGCACUGAGACAAAAGUACUUCAGUUGUGGAAUGAAUUGACCAACAGUGCCCUAUACUAGUACACUUUAAAUAAUCCCACUAAGACUGAAAUCUUAUACUGGGCCAAUUAGGAUGAGUUUCUUAACAUUAUUAGGCUGACAGUCUCCGUAACAUAAUCUUAUAUUAUUGUUAUUAUUAUAUUAUAUUAUUGUUUGGUUUCCUCCACAGCCUUUGAAAAGUUGUAUAUAUGAUGUAUUUAAUCAUUUUCUCCUUUUAAUAAAUGUGGAGUUGUUCCCUCAAA